AUACACAGGUGCUGAGAGCGUCAUUAGCGGUGUCACGCCCUAUUGUGCUUGAGACCACGUGUUUUCCCUCAGCAACAUGGCGACCCCCAUAGAUUUGGAGUUAAAAAAGGCCUUCGGAGAGCUGCAGUCUAAAGUCAUUGAUACCCAGCAAAAGGUGAAGUUGGCAGACCUGCAGAUUGAACAGCUGAACCGUAUAAAGAAACAUGCCAAUUUGACACAUGCCGAACUAACACCUCUUCUUGAUAGUACGCGGAUGUACGAGGGAGUUGGACGAAUGUUUAUCUUGCAAUCUAAAGAUGGGAUCAGCAAUCAACUGACAGAGAAGCAGAAGACAGCAGAUAACAAGAUCAAGGAGCUUGAGCAAAAGAAGACUUACCUUGAGCGCAGUGUGAAGGAGGCUGAAGACAACAUUCGAGAGAUGUUGAUGUCCAGGAGGGCCAUGUGAUUUAUGUGUUUAUGCUCACAUUACUCUCACACACUCUCACACACACACACACACACACACACACACACACAUAUAUGUAGACACACACUUUUUCUAAGUUAAAAUCCUGUAAUACACAUCAGUAGGUUGAAGUGGCUGAGUUGUUGUAGACAGCCUCGGUGUCUCUUUGCUCAGUGCAUGAUGCAUGUGUCUGUGUCGAGUGAGGACUUGAAAAUAGGCAGGAAAAAGGUGCAGUGACCCAGAACUGGGGCCUAAGGACUUUUCUGUUGCAACGUUAGUUUUGUACAAGAUUAAAUGGAAAACUGUUUGUUUGUUAAUUUGGCACAACAAUAAAUCCUGUUAUUAUUUAUUGUUUUGAAAUUGAGGUAGUAAAGCUGUCAUGGUUGCUCUCCAA